UUCCGAUCAGCUGGGUGUUGUGUAGAGUGCUUGAGAUGCUCGUCGUUAUAGAAAAUCUACUCCUGAACAACGUCUGCGUGAGUGAAUACUGAUAAUAAAUACAUCGAGGAACGCGUGAGAAUGGCACCAGAUAGGCCGGAUACAUCAAACAUGGAAACCGCUGUUGGUUUGACCGUUACGCAUGUACUCGACUGUGGAGAAGCUGUUUAUUCUGUGAAAGAAGAAGACAUCCCGACUGAAGGCAGCUCCACAGACGAGUUGACCGUAGGGAGUCCUAGAAGCGAGAAGUCAAUCGAGAAAAGUAAUCAGUCCGAUGACGAUUUGACUUCUCUUACUUGGCUCCAUCAGCAGAAUCUGCUGAAGAGUCUCGAGAUUUCGAAUCCUUCCAAGAACGCCAAAGUCGAGAAUGUCUUGAACAACAAUAUUUGCGAGGACAGCGCUGACCUCUCGGAAAAUACGAACUCUGUAUCGAGCCUGGACGACAGCUAUUCACCAGACAGUAAUGGCAAAAGUCCGAGUUCAGUUCAGAGUCAAAGCAUCCAUUCCUCGGGCAAGAGUCAUCAGAAGGUUUCACAAAUCUUCCAAGAAAGGAUGCAAUUCGAAGGAGCACAAAGUAAUCAGUCGAAAAUUUCGUUGAGCAACAAUAAUCUUCCCGUUUCUAAUCGCAACAAACACCCAACCCACAUACCUUAUGAUCCUCACCUCCAUAGAAGUAGCAAGCCUCCCUAUUCUUUCUCAUGUUUGAUUUUCAUGGCGAUUGAGGACAGUCCAGUAAAAGCUCUACCAGUGAAAGAAGUUUAUGCUUGGAUUCUGGACCACUUUCCCUAUUUUCGGAAUGCGCCGACCGGCUGGAAAAACUCGGUGAGGCAUAACCUGAGUCUCAAUAAGUGCUUCCGGAAAGUGGAAAAGGCACCAAAUUUGGGAAAGGGCUCGUUGUGGAUGGUGGAUGCACAAUAUCGACCGAAUUUGAUACAAGCGCUUUCUCGUGCUCCCUUCCCUCCCCCAUCUGCUCAAAAUAUUUCGUCUCCCGAAAAAAUCCCGAGGAAGAGUGUCAGCACACGACUUCCGGAUCCAGUCCUCUUUCCUUAUCUCUCAAAAAGACUCGCGUCGAGCAAUAUCUGCGACAGUCCCGAGGCCGAAGUCGACAGCGAUGUUGACGCCGCGGCAGCUGCGAUGUUAUCAUUUAAACACGGACCUAUUAUUUUGAAUCACAAUAAAGAUCGCAAGAGAAAGCUGCCGGAACUGGAGAAGCUAGUUCCGGUGAUCACCAGGAGUUCUAGUGAGGAUCACACGUAUAGUUGCAUUACCUCUAUCAAGCUCGAAAAUAGCAAGCGAUGUCCGAAUGUGGAGAGUUUAGGAGCUGAUUUCGACGAGCAGCGAAAGAUCGCAGAGGGUGCGGACGCGCUUCUGAAUCUUGCAGGCGUUAGCACGGUGAUAAGCCAGAGUCGAGCGCAUAAUUCGCAGGGAUUCAGUGGCGGUUCAAAACCCGAGGGUCCACCCAAGGCCAAAAGGAGAUCCACGAGCAACGACUUUUCAAACAGUGACAAGCGACGUCGACGUUGGCGAGAGUGGGGCGAGGGCAACCGUUAUCUUAAACAGGUCAAGGGGUAAUACAUCACAGAGCGAUGUCUGUUCGCAGUCGCGUCAGCCAAUCGUCGAGUUCUUGGUGAUUACGCGAACAAAUUUCGAGCGGAGCACCCGAAAUAGCAACGGAACUAUCACAAAGCAAUUUGCUUCACGAGUUGGGUUGAUUUUCAAAAAAGAGGUCCGAAAAAACACCUCUUUAGUAGAAAAGAAAACCGGUUCUGAAAAUAGUCACUUUGUCGUUGCCAGUCUCGCAAAAAUUCGUCUAGGGACCUAAGUGAACGUACUAUUAAUUUUAAAGAUAACGUUUCUCGUCUCACAACCGCACUAUAUACAUCACGAGAAAAUCGCGAUUCUUCGGUAUUAGCGGUUGCUCAGGUUUUGAAACUCGCUAAAUGCCAAAAUGAAAAGAGUAGCACUAAACUGGAAGCAAUAUUAGAAAUGUAAAAUUUAAAGAUUAAUAUCUGUAUAUCAACCUAUAAAUAUUAUAAAUAUUAUAUAUAUAGAUAUAUUAAACAUAUAUCAAAUUAAAUUAUGAAUGAACUUGAAUCCGCGUGAUUCGAGUUGAGUGUACAGAAAAGAUAAACGCAAUCGCGUAGGGGAAGGUUGGGCAAUCUUUACAACUGUUGCGAGCGAUUAUUAUAUAAAUAUUAAUUCAUAGAGAGUUUAAUAAUUGAAAAUAGAUCUAUAUUAGAUUCCUUCUGUAGAUAUGUAUAGAGAUACAAUUGAUAACUAUUCAUUAGAGAAAUUGAUAAUAUAUUUAAAGAGAAUAUAUUUAACGUACCGCGUACACGCGAAUUUAUCCAGGAUGAUUACUGAAGCUGGCUCUCAGUUUUCGAGAAAUUUUAUACGAGACGAGGAUUGCUUUUAAUCCUCGUUUGUAUUCGAUAAAAAAAAUAUUAUUAGACACCAAAGUACUCAUGUACGAGAACUGUUUUAAUUUUAGGACUAAGUUUUUUUUUGUUUUACCAAAGAGGAGAUGAAUUCAGUUUUGAUUCUGGAUAAAGAUUGACAUGACAGUGUGCAUGUGGCAGGUUAUAUCAUCACCAUAAUAAUAAUUAUUAACAAAAUGACGAUUAAAGUAUCAUCGUGAGACGCUCAUUCGAAGUCAAAUUUAAAUUAAAAGAUGUAUCGUUUUCGCCCUUUUCUACUCUUUUUGGCUUUUUAGAUCUUUUUCAAUUAAGCUGUAUAUAAUUACAUAGUCCUCGAGAGGCGAGUACAGGCACUGAAUUCGGACUCGCUUCUAGAUCUCUUAUUUUUCACAAAGAAUUGCAGGCCGAGAUUUCGGCUUAUUUUUGUAAUAAACGCAUGGUAAUAAGUUUAAAAAAAUAGAAAAAGGAAUUUAAAGGAUAGAGGCGAGUCUCGAACUGCAAGCCUUGUAGGUUUUCUUGUGUAGAAUACAAUAUUAUAUAGAGAGAAAGGUAUAUUUUUACAGGGCUCCGCCCGCGUGAUACAAGCUCUUCCUAACAAUUGUCUGGUAUACAGUUUAUUAGUUCACACGAUUCACCAAUUAUAAACGUAGUGCACUCGGAUUUCAAUAUACACCGCAGCAUGUCUUUUUUUAAAUGUAUUUUUUAGAGAAUUCUUUUUUUUUACUAUUGAACUUUUUAUUAUUUAUUUUAUAAGGAGCGUUAUCAAUGUGGCUUUAAAUUAAUUGUAACUUUAUAAUUUAUAAUGCUUCAAAUUUAAAUUUCUAGCUCUACCAAGUUGGGAUAAUUAAAGUUCAAAAUGAAUUCUUUAAUAAUUGAAAAAUCGAAUUCUUCUAAAUUUCAACAGAUGUGCUGCAAAGGCCUUUUCAUGUAAUCGUAGCUAGUCUAGCGACCUAGCUGGUUUUCGUUCAAUGCCGAAGUACAAGAAAAGAAUGUCAUGUAGUAAAAGAACACAACGAGCUUCAAUUUUUCGCAAGCGCGUUUUGGUGAAUUUUUGAAUUGAAAAUGUUAUAAGCAAUUAUCUUCGAGAAGGCUUUGUCUCAAAGUGUAUACAAUUUUCGAAAAGGAUUGGGGGAAUUUACUGUAUGAUAUUCUCUUUUAAUUUAUCCAUUCAUAUAUAAAAUACGUUUUUCUUUUAAUUUCCUGAAUUUUUUACAUCAGCGAAAAAAUCGAAAUUUCGCAAAGCAGAAAUUGUUAAAUUCUCGAAAAUCGUAAAUUUUAAGUUUUAUAAGUAAUUUUGAAAAGUCUGUUUCUAAAAGGAAAAGAGUUUUUCCUUGUAAAAUUAUUGUAAAUUUUCUCCACGCUUGGAAUCCUCAUUUUUUCCAAAACGUACCGUAAAUCAAAUUCUUUUUGUUCCUUUUGAGGCCGAAAUAUAUUUAAAAGGAAUUUAUUUUACUUUGGGAGAGGUUUAUGUCCCAGAAAAGACUAUGAAGCAUUUAUUUUAUGGUCAAUUUUACCAACGAAUUUUUUAUUUAUACAAUCUAAAAACGUUUUUCCGUGUUUGCAUUAUUUAUAUCGAGUGCGUUUUGGAAAAAUUUUUAUACUUUUAAGUACGAAACAAAAUUAGAUUUUAAUUAGGGAUUGAUGGGCAAAGCGUCAUUGUGUUAGUGGAAGUAUUUUUUUUCGAAAUUUCUAUUGUUUCGGCGUAACAUUAACAAGAUUUACGUGUAUUAACUGUGAUAUCGUAAAAAUGAGUAUAUUGUUAAAGUUAUCGCGUCGUUAUAUAUUUAAUUUUCUAGUUUCGUAGUACGACUCUGGCAACACAAUGCAUUCAUUUCCGCUUUUUUCCACAGUAAAGAAAAUAAGAAUUAAUUAAAAGACCUACUCGCAUAGUCGAUUGUUAAAUAAAAAGGAAAUCGAGUGGAAACCACGCAAUUUGAUGAUUGGUUUAAAAUUCUAAAACUAGCUUCCGUUUGCUACGACUGAAGGUCUGUUCUUCCAUGUAGCUUAUUCUAAACUAAUUGACUAGGGGUUGAAAGCCAUUUAUUGUCGCACUAGUAGUAGCUAAUUGGUAAGUUAAUGAUAGUAAAAAUAUUAGCGAUGAAAAUACAGCAAAAGUAAUACACCAGUAAAACCUGAUACCAGGAUAAUACUCCAAUCAGCUGGUUUUCACAAACUUGUUUUUCGCAUUUUUUGCUUUUUUGUAUUCAGAAUGUAAAUCGCCAUUUAUGCUGAUAAAAUUUAUGAUUUAAAUUUUAAUUAACAGAUUUUAUCUCGUUUUAAUCAAUGUCCGAAGUUGUUACAAAUUUCGUCCUCUUAUCAGAAUCAAAAGUAUUUUCAAUCCAGUGAGUUUUUCAAUUUCCAGGAUUGAUUUAUUUAAAACGUUUAAACGGACUAAUUCGAAAGCUUUAAAUAUUUUUAACUCUUCCACGAAGGAUUUUGUUUUAUAUCAAUUUUGUAAUUAUUUUUAAUUUUUAAUGUACGAGUUUAAAAAUGAGAAUAGAAUUUUGAUCCAAAUGAGAAAAAAUCUUAAUAGUAAAAAUAAAAAAAUUGUACAUAAUUGGCUGAAAAAUGAAAACGGUGAAGCCUAAGAAACCUACAAUUUUAAAGGCUCUCAAAAAAUUGUAAUUAGCCACAGACAAUCAAAAUAAAGUUCGCGUUUCGGUGGAUUAAGAACGCAACACUUGCUGAUAAUUAUAAUUUUCGAAACGAAUGAACUGGCUAAAUUAAUUUAUCUCUUUAUCUUUAAGACUUUGCGUUUCAAAGCAAGUGUUGCGAUUCUAAUUCACUUGUUUGUUUUCUUUUCGCUGCAUAUUAUAAUUUUACAGAGAAUGUCGUGCCAAACUUCAAGUUUUGCUGCGUCUAUAUUGAGUUAAUGCUAUAAUUUGUAACAUAUGUAUAUCGUAGUCUUAUAGAAAUAUUGUUAUUAUAUUCAAGUAACAUAAUAUUAUCGAUGGGCUUUGGAGCGUUACUUUCUACGAAUGUACAAUGUACAUAUUGUAAUUUUAUAUGGCGAGAAAGCGAUAUUAUUUUUCAGUGGUACCUUUGUACUUCCUGUAGUUGUAUAUAACUAUGAAAUUGUUAUUUGAUGAAAUCAGUAAUUAUUGCCUGGAAGGCGUCUUAAAUUAUUAUCUUUUUGGUUGUGUGGUCGAUCUAAAUUCGAUUGUUUUUGAUUGACAAUUAGUGCGAAUUGUUGGAUUUGAUUGAUAAGUGACGGUUUACGUCCGAAGCCUGAUGUUUUAUUAUGAUGACUAACAACCAUUACUAUGACUAAUUUUAAAUGAAUCACAUGUAAAAUGUUUGUUAAGUUUGUGGCCUUGCUUAUAAAAUUUAAGUGUAAUAUUUUAGGUUGUAACACAACAGAACUUUAAUUAAUGAAAAUUACAUAAAAGAAACUAAA